AUAAUGCUUAUAACAUCAAAAAGAAGGUAAUAAAAUGAAAGGAGAAAAAAGAAGAAGAAUAUAAUGUUUCAAAUAAAUUAAAGAACCAUUAAUUUUUUGAUCAAUUUGCUACUCCAAUGGCUUCAUACUCUCUCUCCAUAGUCCUCCGUCUCAUAGUCCUCGUCUCUAUAUUCUUCUCCGACCAUACAUUCGCCAUAAACAACCGCACAACCACCACGCACCACCACCACCACCACCGUCGCCAUGACAACACCACCACCACAAUCCAUAACAACAAUAGGCUCAUUCAACAAGACUACAUUGCACUCCAAGCAUGGAAACGAGUCAUCUACUCGGACCCCUUCAACUUCACCUCCAACUGGCACGGAUCCGACGUGUGCACCUACACCGGAAUCUACUGCGCACCCUACCAAAACGACACCACCAUCACUCUCGUGGCCGGCAUCGAUCUCAACCACGGUGACAUAGCCGGAUUCCUCCCUGAAGAAUUAGGGUUACUCACUGGACUCGCCCUACUCCACCUUAACUCCAACCGCUUCUGUGGGAUCCUCCCACAAACCCUAUCCAAUCUCUCUCUCCUCUACGAGCUCGACAUAAGCAACAAUAGAUUCGUGGGGCCCUUCCCGCAUGUAGUCCUCUCUCUCCCUUCCCUCCACUUCCUCGACAUCCGUUUCAACGAGUUCGAGGGGCCGUUGCCCCCUCAGCUCUUCGAAAAACCCUUAGACGCAAUAUUCGUAAACAACAACCGGUUCACCUCUGUGAUCCCGCAAAACCUAGGCUCGAGCACCGCCUCGGUAGUGGUCUUCGCCAACAACCGCCUCGGGGGGUGUCUGCCUCCGAGCAUAGCCAACUUCGCAAACACACUGGAGGAGUUGCUCCUGAUAAACACGAGCAUAACGGGGUGCUUGCCAGUCGAGUUAGGGUUUCUCUACAAGCUGAGAUUGCUCGACGUCAGCUAUAACCGAAUAGUGGGCCCCAUACCGUAUAGCCUUGUGGGUUUGGCUCGGCUCGAAACCCUAAACCUAGGGCAUAACGAGAUGAGCGGGAUGGUACCCGAGGGGGUUUGUGUUUUGCCUAAUUUGGUUAAUUUUACAUUUUCGUACAACUUCUUCUGCGAGGAGGAGGGCGUUUGUGGUAAUUUGACUUCGAAGGGGGCGGUGUUCGACGACCGGAGGAACUGCGUGCCGGGGAAGCCGCUGCAGCGGAGUGAGAAGGCGUGUAAGGCGGUGGACCAGCGUGUUGACUGCUUUGACCAUGGUUGUGGUGGAAAGUCUAUAAAUGGUUCUACUUUUAGUAAUGCUAAUACUUCUCAUCACAUCCCUUAAUUAAUUUUCAAACUUGUUUAUUUGUGAUAUGUUCUUAUGAUCAUCUGAACUAGUACAAUUUAGCAGAUGGAAUGAAUAAUUUGGUGAAUGUAAUGUGACUUGUGUGUAUAGUAAUGUAUAUAUAUAGGCUUUACUUUUUAACUGUGAA